UUUGCAGCACGUCGCCUCAACGAGUACAUAUCGCACCACGAGAAGUUGAGCUACGAUCACCAGCACCUGCAUGCUAGUCACAGCCGGGCGAAACGAUCGGUCACCAAAGAUCAUCAUGUACACCUUAGCUUUAGGGCCCACGAACGAGAUUUUAACAUUAGACUUAAACGUGAUCUCAGCACGAUAAGCGAUAAGUUAGAGAUACAUUCGGACCAGGGACCGGUGCAGGUCGAUUCGUCCCACAUCUACCACGGUGAGCUGAUCGGCGAGCCGGACAGUUACGUCUUUGGGUCGAUCUUCGACGGUGUGUUCGAGGGUCAGAUGAUCAGCGGCGACAGCACCUACCAUGUCGAGCGGGCGAAACACUACUUUCGGGAGUCGUCCCAUCCCGAUACGCACCCGUUGCACCAUAUCGGUGACGACGAGCCACCGUUCCAUUCGGUGAUCUACAAGGACGAACACGUCGACGACCCGUACCGCCACCGGCGGAAAGGUCACCCAUCCGGUUGUGGUGUGCACGAUGAGGUAUCCGCCUGGAUGGACCGCAUCCAGAAUUCGGCUGUCGAGGAAGACGAAGAGGAGGUGCCCGCGGCAGACCGUGACGACAACGAAGAACUACCGGCAGCGAUUCCUGCCAAAAAGGGCAACAACAGUAGUCAGCAACAGCCGCAACGUCAAAACCGUACCAAUGCCCCACACAAGAAUGGGAACCCGAAGGCUACGAAACGACGAUCAGCGUCGCCGCCGGACGAAAGGGCAGCCCCGCCACGGGACAACCGGAUCAUCGAAACUGGGUACGAGUUUAAGUUUCCGCACGAAAAAUAUUCGAAGGCGGCGAACUGGCGUGGGGCAGCCGAUGCCGACAGCGACCCGGAGUGGCACUGGAAGUCGCAUAUUCGAGCGCGACGGGCUGCGCGGGCCAAGGAGGACUACCGGAACACCUGCUCACUAUACAUCCAGACCGACCCACUGCUAUGGAGCCACAUACGGGAUAGCAUCGUUAGCCAUCUGCACCGUGCACGGAAGGUCGAGUUGAUGGAGAAGACACGCGAGGAAAUCCUUUCGCUGAUCAUACACCACAUCACUGCCGUUAACUACAUCUACCGCAACACCAAGUUCGAUGGACGAGUUGAGCAUCGUAACAUUCGCUUCGAGGUUCAACGGUUAAAGAUUGAUGACGACUCCUCUUGCCACGACAGCCUGGACGAGGCGAACCCACUGUGUCUGGAGAAUAUUGACGUAUCCAAUUUCCUUAAUCUUCAUUCUCUGGGUAACCACGAAGCGUUCUGCUUAGCGUACGUUUUCACUUACCGAGAUUUCACUGGCGGUACGCUCGGACUAGCGUGGGUCGCCUCUGCUUCCGGUGCGUCCGGAGGCAUCUGCGAGAAGUACAAGACGUACACCGAAACAAUCGGCGGUAUGUACCAGAGCACGAAGCGUUCGCUCAACACAGGCAUUAUCACGUUCGUGAACUACAACACGCGCGUCCCACCGAAAGUGUCCCAGUUGACGCUUGCGCACGAAAUUGGCCAUAAUUUCGGGUCGCCGCACGAUUACCCAGCCGAGUGUCGGCCGGGUGGCAACAAUGGAAACUUCAUAAUGUUCGCUAGCGCCACCAGCGGAGUUCGACUUAACAAUGGCAAGUUUUCGCCCUGCUCGGUGCGCAACAUCUCGAACGUGCUGGAUGCGAUCGAUGAGAGCAAGAAGCGUAACUGCUUCCAGGCGUCGGAGGGUGCGUUCUGCGGCAACAAGAUCGUGGAGAUAGGCGAGGAGUGCGACUGUGGUUUCAACGAGGACGAAUGUAUGGACAAGUGUUGCUAUCCUCGCGAGAUGACCGAUGCGAUGAAGAUCGAAAACGCGACGGCCCAGAGUUGCGGUCGGCGGACACGAACGCAGUGCAGUCCAUCGCAGGGUCCGUGCUGCGAUAGCAACACCUGCCACUUUAUACCGUCCGACGCGAGGGUCACGUGCAAGGAAGAGACAGAGUGCUCGUGGGGUUCAACCUGCAACGGUACGACGCCAGAGUGUCCGGAACCGCGACCUCGCGAUGAUAAGACAAAGUGCAACAAUGGCACUCAGCUGUGCAUCAAAGGCGAGUGUUCGGGCUCGAUCUGCUUGCUGUGGAACAUGACGGAGUGUUUCCUGACAUCCAACAUCAUUCCGAACAUCGACAAGCGGAAGCUGUGCGAACUCGCUUGCCAGAGUGGCAAUGAUACCAGCACGUGUAGGAGUACGAGCGAGUUCGCACGAGAGUACGGUCUUCCAGACGGUGGGUACAGCUUGCGACCCGGGUCACCGUGCGAUAACUUCCAGGGCUACUGUGACGUGUUCCUAAAGUGCCGUGCCGUCGAUGCCGAGGGGGCGUUAGUGCGACUGAAGAACCUGCUGUUCAAUAAGAAAACGCUUCAGACGGUGGCCGAAUGGGCGACGGAACGCUGGUAUGUGGUGUGUACGGUCGGUAUCGUGUUCAUCAUUCUGAUGGGCAUCUUCAUCAAGUGUUGCGCGGUUCACACACCCAGCUCGAAUCCGAAGAAAGCGGCCGCGUACCGCAUAUCGGACACGUUACGCCGUCCGAUGAACACGCUGCGAAUGAUGCGUCGACAUCAUCAUAACGGUGCCGGGCCCAGGAGUGUUCCUGUGCCCAGAGGUGAACGGUCAAGGAGUGCGGGUACUGCUACCGGAGGUGGUGCUGUUGGUGGUGGUGGUGGCGGAGGACGCAGUGGGGAACAACGAAAUGGAGGGGCAGGUCGAGGGGCAGGUGGUCGAACGCGUGGCGCCGAUGGCGGUGGCCACGGAGAGAUUCGUAAUGGCGUCAGUGGCGGCGUCAGCGGCAGUGGCGGUCAUACUUCCUCGUCCUCCGGCAACAGUCGACCAUCAAAUAGCUCCCGCGUGCCAGCACAUGGGUAUGGCGAAGGCCGUGGCCAACAAUACUACCCACCGAAAGCGCCAGCAAUGCAGAAUUAUAGCCGCAUGAGUAAUGCGGAGCUGUACGCCGAAGCUUACCCCGACCACCGGGGGAUUUACGAACCGCCUAGGCGUCUUUAUCCCAACAACAAGGUUUGACAAGAUCGCUACCAAGCACAGGACGGAUACCACCGCAACAGAGCCAACCGAAAGAUGGUCACAUCUGUGCAACAGCGACCUUUCCUCCACUGUCACAACUGCCCUUCAUCGCCGCUACUUCGCCAUCGAUUUCAUUAAUGAUUUCACGAUCAACGUCCCCUCUACGCUCUCGCUGCUGUUGCCCGAGAUCGCCAUCAUUCCCCUGACGACAUCAGGUCCGUUGCUGUUUCGCUUAAAUACUGUGCAACAGGAGUGCUAGAUUUUUUAUUAUUGUUUCUCUCAAACUUUAUGUCAAAGCAUCACUACUCAGAAGACCAAAAAUAGGCCAAGAAUAGUAUGUUAAUAGAUUUCGGUCCGAGCGGAAUGUUGCUAGUUGAUGAAUCCUAGUAGAUGUGACCCAGUCAUAAUGGAUCUUCUUAUCCACUGGUAAAUAAUGCAAAAUAACUCCCGCUGGCAGACCGUGUUAGAGCAAACAUUCAACAGGAAGAUAUUCAUCACAACUACCCACAUUGAGACAGUGAAACGAACGAUUGAUAAUUUUCCUCAUAUGUAUAGUUUAAAUUAAUUGAAUCUAUUCGUUGUACGGGUGCUGCCCGAGGGCACGAUUAUAAUGGAAUUUGUCUGAUACCAGCAGCCGAUGAAAAGAUGCGCAUCCGAGAUGAGAAUGUAUGAAAGGUGAGCGUGUGAGGUAAACGAGACAAGGAUCCAUUCCACUGCGACGUAGGAACUUUCGACAUUCUAUAUGUUUGGCAUUUAUAUACACGUUUCGUUUUUUAGUCUACUAAAUCAUAAAAAUACUCUUGGUUGUCGGAUUUUUUCACUUUGUCGCCCGAAUUAAGAACAAAACCCGAAACACUUGAGUUAAUUCCAAACAGUGGAUGCAGAGUUGGUUGUGGACCAUAGACGAAUAAGAAAUGCAUCAAUGAAGCUAGAAUGGAAAGGAAAUGUUAUGCCUGAAUGAACUGGAAAGUAAGAGGAUUAUUAUUUAAAAGAGUAAAACAAAGAUACACAAUCCAAAUCGAAUACAUUAUUCACCUCUGGGUCCAGCAAUGUAAAACAAAUAUGAACAAAAUGUAAUGCAAACUUACAAUAAACGAAAACGGGAAAUUGAUUGUAUAAAAGAAAAAGAAAUUAUGAUAGGGAAAGGGAAUUAUGGAACAGGCAACAAAGUUUAGGACCCCUUUGUCUCAUAGUCUUAGCUCUUUGCAGCGAUGAUGCAGUAGAUGCCGUUGAAAAGAUAACCACGCGAACAGAGUAUUUAUAGUAGAACCAAGACCGUAGCAAGUCCGGGGCGUGGGAAGCGAUGUUCGAAGCUGCGGGUAGCAAAUUGUUGUGUGAAUUGUUUCGAGUGUUCUGGAAAAAGAGGAAUGAAUUUCGAGAGUUAGCACAGUUAUUUUCUUCAAAAGUAUCCUUCUUAAACAGUUCGGACAGGCUUUUAUUUCUCUUGGUCCUAACUUAAAUUAUAAAUUUUGGAUUUAUUGUUUUAUCUCGCCCCUUUGUCACAAUCUCAACAAAUCUACAUUUAGUAUUGCCUUUAUUCUUCGUUCCUAUUUUACAAAGGCGAGAAUUAAUAAUAAAACCCAUUUUGAAGCAGCGUUUACAUAUUAAGGUGCAAACAUUUAGAUAAGUGAAAUUUUGUUUUUGUGAAUUCGGAGAGAAAUCAAAAUGAAACAAGACUUUAUCUGUUCACUAGGUAUCAGAACAUAUAUUCGACCAUUACGAGUGAGGUAUGACGUUAGGCGCAAACAAUUGUUUUAAACUUCGGAAACUUCGAUGUAAAACGAUACAAAACAUUCACACUCACUUGACUAAUAUUGAGUCAUUACUUAGUUUCCUGCUUCUUCCCUAAACCCCGCCCCAACAGGAAACGGCCGACAAGGGUCGCUAAAAAAAAUUAAGUUAGCAGAAUAUUAGUUCAUAAGAUUAGUUAAGGAACAGUGAGCAGAUCGUAGUGACAGGACAAAAACAAUGUUACGGAAAUUGAAGGAUCACUAGUGUGAAGAAGAAUGGAAGUGGCGACAUAGUAGAAACAAAAUAUUUAAAGCGGAUACAUGUGAUAUAUAUUUUUCUAAAAACAAAUGAAAAAGGAACAAACCUAACAAGAAGAGAAAAGAGAAAUGAAAUAAGACAACAGAAUAGAAAAACUAAAAGUUCCCCAUCAAAUGCGCAAUACAAUAAAAAUGAAGUCAUCCAAAGUAAAAUCAGAAUAAAAAGCUCAAUGAAAUCAGCGAAGCAAGCAAAUGAUCAAAAAUAAAGAGCAACAAGAAAGUGAGAAAGGGUACUGCACGAAAGAAGGACUGCAGAAAACGUGUAGUUAAUACUCCCGCGAGUCCUUAUCAUUUAACAAUCGAACGUUGAAACAGCACACAUUCAAAACCUUUAGGCAAUAAGUGGAUAUGCAAAGGGCUCAAACUGAAUAUCAUUGUUACUGAUUUUUCCUCAUAUUAUUACCCAAUGGUGUCCUCUCAGGUGUAUUGCUUGUUCAUGAUAUCCAAGAGUAAAUAAUAUUUUUCCUCUUAUUUUUUAACACUCCAACUUUACUCCAUCAAAAACAAUGUGCACACUGCCACUCCAAUAGCAAUGCCUGCCAUUGCCAGUUGAUCCGUGAUCACUUUCCAUCUCGUAAGAUACGCCCAUCAACGAUUAGCUUAAAAGUUUAAUUAUACUAAAAUUUGUCAGUUUAUUACACUUUAUCCUGUCGCUGGGUUUUUCAAUUUUUGGGAUAUAUUCAAGAGUUUGGGGUUUAUUUCUGGCACUCACUUACAUACAAAAAUGUCAUAAUUUAGAGUAAAUCUUUACAGCCACUUCAGCCGAUGCUCGUCUAGCGAAAUGCUUUCGAGUGCAUAAUUUAUUUUGUGGUCCUUUGCAUCAAUUAGAUGCAAUGUAAUAAUUUCUUCAGCAAAUAGCGGUAUUUGGGUACUGGU